AUGGCGGCAAUUACCCAGACGAUUGCAAUCAUUGACCGGUCAAACAAGGUUGUCAGCACCACCAAACAACUCAAAAAUGUCUUCAAGGAGGCAAAGAUGGCUUAUUUGGAGCGGAAGGCGGAGAUAGCAGCGGAAAGAAGGGCAAGGGAAGAAAAAGAACUGAGGAAAGCAAUGAAGAACGUGACUAUAGCGGAAGAUGCAAGGUCGGAUACGUCCCGAAGGCCACGCAGACAUCAGAGCCACAGGAGCGAGGUUGAGAAUGGUAGGUUUCGACCUGCAGAAAGUCAGCACCAUCAGCACCACCAUCCUCCCCCCGAAUACGGGUACCGGGGCGUUCCUCACGCAGGCUCCGAGGUCGCAGCACCCAGAUCGCCAGAAGAAGUCUUCUCCAGGCACGUCGGUCUUGCAGAGUUCAAUGAAGAACUCUACGGUCGCCAUCACCCAGUUCCGGAAUAUCCACCUGCGCCGUAUGGGGGGAGUGGACUCGUUCGCAGGACGACCGAUCUGCCACUCGACGCUCACCGAUCACAUCGACCCCCACCUGUGCGUUCUCACUCAGUCUCUGACGUCGACAUGGACCUUGCCUAUGGCGAAUUUCACCCGGAGUCUCUCAUGCUGGAUCCCAAAGUGGAGCAACAUUUGCAGAAACAAGAGAUGUCCAGCCUGGUCACCAAGUGCAAGAUGCUGAUGGAGGAGGCCAAUUGCGCACAGCACAGUGUCCGGGCUAUUAUCUCACAUCUGCAGGCAAAUCCGGACUCCAUGGCAGCUGUCGCCUUGACGUUGGCUGAAAUCAGCAACUUGGCGUCCAAGAUGGCACCUGGGGCGCUUGCUGCAUUCAAAGCCGGUGCUCCCUCGGUCUUUGCGAUGCUCGCAGCUCCGGAGUUUCUGAUUGCCGUGGGUGUGGGCGUAGGAAUCACCGUCGUCAUGUUCGGCGGCUACAAAAUUAUCAAGAAGAUCAGAGCCCGGGUCGGUGACAAAGAGGAAGACGCAAUGGAUGAGAUGCUAGAUGUCAAGGAACUUGACCGCAUCGAGCACUGGAGACGUGGCAUCCCGGAUGCUGAGACGGCAAGUGUUGCUACAAGCGUCGAAGGUGAAUACAUCACUCCAUUGGCAGCAAGGAGCAUGGGCCAUUUGCCUCUUCCCCGGGAGCACAGCGGAGAAAGACCCAAGGACCAGAGGAAGGAAUCGAAGAAAAAGAAGCAUCACCGGAGGGUCGAGGAGGAGGACCCAGAUCGCACGGUGGUGGGCAGUGAGAACUCGUCGAGAUCACGGCGAAGCAAGGGCAGCAGCAGCAGGCCCGAGAAGAGAGAAAAGGCACUUGUGAAGGCCAAGAAACCGAGCACGCUAAGGAGAAUGUUCCUCAGCAGGGAUACAGAUGUCUCCUCAAGACGAUGA